ACGCGCUGCCUGCGCGGGUGUGCGGGCUGUUUCCGGUGUGGGUGAUUCGCUGUGGCCGAAGCAGGGGGACAUCCAGGGGCGCUCAAGCAGGGACCAUGGCGGACGGCGGCUCGGAGCGCGCAGAUGGGCGCAUUGUCAAGAUGGAGGUGGACUACAGCGCCACGGUGGACCAGCGUCUGCCCGAGUGCGAGAAGUUGGCCAAGGAAGGAAGACUUCAAGAAGUCAUUGAAACCCUUCUCUCUUUGGAAAAACAGACCCGCACUGCUUCUGAUAUGGUGUCUACCUCCCGGAUCUUAGUUGCAGUAGUGAAGAUGUGCUAUGAGGCUAAAGAAUGGGAUUUACUUAAUGAAAAUAUUAUGCUUUUGUCAAAGAGACGGAGUCAGUUAAAACAAGCUGUUGCAAAAAUGGUUCAGCAGUGCUGUACCUAUGUCGAGGAAAUCACAGAUCUUCCAAUCAAGCUUCGAUUAAUUGAUACUCUACGAAUGGUUACAGAAGGAAAGAUUUAUGUUGAAAUUGAGCGUGCUCGACUGACUAAAACAUUAGCAACUAUAAAGGAACAAAAUGGUGAUGUAAAGGAGGCAGCUUCCAUUUUACAAGAAUUACAGGUGGAAACCUACGGGUCAAUGGAAAAAAAAGAGCGAGUGGAAUUUAUUUUGGAACAAAUGAGGCUCUGCCUAGCUGUGAAGGAUUACAUUCGCACACAGAUCAUCAGCAAGAAAAUUAACACCAAGUUUUUCCAGGAAGAAAAUACGGAGAAAUUAAAGUUGAAAUACUAUAACCUAAUGAUUCAGCUGGAUCAGCAUGAGGGCUCCUAUUUGUCUAUUUGUAAGCACUACAGAGCAAUAUAUGACACGCCCUGUAUACAAGCAGAAAGUGAAAAGCGGCAACAGGCUCUGAAAAGUGUUGUCCUUUAUGUUAUCUUGGCUCCUUUUGACAAUGAACAGUCAGAUUUGGUUCAUCGAAUAAGUGGUGAUAAGAAAUUAGAAGAAAUUCCUAAAUACAAGGAUCUUUUAAAACUUUUUACUACAAUGGAGUUGAUGCGUUGGUCCACACUUGUUGAAGACUAUGGAAUGGAAUUAAGAAAAGGUUCUUUGGAGAGUCCUGCAACUGAUGUUUUUGGUUAUACAGAGGAAGGUGAAAAAAGGUGGAAAGACUUGAAGAACAGAGUUGUUGAACAUAAUAUUAGAAUAAUGGCCAAGUAUUAUACAAGGAUAACAAUGAAGAGGAUGGCACAGCUCCUGGAUUUGUCUGUCGAUGAGUCAGAGGCUUUUCUCUCGAACCUGGUGGUUAACAAGACGAUCUUUGCUAAAGUAGACAGGUUGGCAGGAAUUAUCAACUUCCAGAGACCCAAGGAUCCAAAUAAUUUAUUAAAUGACUGGUCUCAGAAACUGAACUCAUUGAUGUCUCUAGUUAACAAAACUACACACCUCAUAGCCAAAGAGGAGAUGAUACAUAAUCUACAAUAAGGGCCUCAGUGCCCCUGAUACUAUUAGAAAAGAGUUAAAAUUGGAAAUUAUUAAAAAAAAAGAAAAGGACUCUCAUGGUCUCAUGGUGUAUAUGUUGGGAUUGGUGUUUUCUAUUCUCAGCUCCUUGUCUAAAAUUUUAAAAAUAGUGAGUAAGUUUGAGCCCCUUUCAACCUUUCAGUUCCAUGAUUUCAUUGUUAACUUUGCAUUAUUGAUUGAUGCAAAACUGUAUUACGUUUCUCUUGUCUCAGUACUCAAAAAUUGUGUCAUAACUUAUCCAGAUACAUUUUUCUAUCGUUUGAAAUCUUUUUAGCUAUUUUUUGUUUUCAUUCAGCUAACAACCAUAAUUAUGACAAUAAAAGCAGUAUAUGCACGUUUACUUUCUAUGGUUA